AUGAUCCGCAGGGUGCAGGUAAAAUUAGCUCCAUUAAUCACUGCAUUGAUUGGUCAGCAGCAGGACGCCGUGCCCCCUCCCUAACUGUCUCACAGGGUCUCUAACUAUAACUGAUAUGUUUGGACGGAGGAGGAAAAGUCUUUUCUUCUGUUUGUGUUUUUCUCUCUGUGGAGGAGCAGUCGAUACCCGUCUACUGCUGGAUGAAGAAGGAUUGGGGUUUAAAACUUCCUCCAUCAGAGCUCAUUCAGAGAGGUCAGACUAUGCUGCGAAUUUCCCAAAAACUUUCAUUCCGGCGCUUUCUUCACUUCUCCUGUCUUCUCUGUUUCCCUCCUCCUGAUAUAUUUUCAUUAUCACAGACAUUAUGAACUGUUUUCAUCCUCAGCACCUGGACUCCAAAGGAGAAAACAGCUGUCCUGUGACUGAUGCCCAUCUUUCACGCAGCUCUGAGGAGGACAGCCUUUACUGUACAUCAGCUAGAAAACAGCUGCUGUAUACCAACAUGUCUGCUAAAUAGCUGCCAUAUGUUUGUCCUUUCUGUGGAUCUGGAUCUAUUUUUGAAUCUUAAUCUGAAUGAAAACAUCUCCAUUCAAGAAUUAAAAGUGCACUUUGAAUUUAAAUUCAUCUUUAUAAACAGGUCACGUUAAUUCAAGUUAAGGAGUGUCUGACUACAGUUUCUGCAGAAUUUCUCAUCUAUUAUGUAGUGGAGCUACAGUAUUUCCUGAACCCAUCAGCUAAUGUCUGACAAGGAUGCUUGCCUCUGGGAAAAAAUAACCAACUCCUCUGUAUUUCCAGUGAAACCAGCCCUUCCCAAAGAGUGACGUCUUGCCUAGAUUUCCUUUGUUUAGUUAGCAGUUUAAGAGAAAACAAUGAAUACAGAUCUGAAGAGAAGUAAAAUCAACCCCACGAAAUAUGUAUGUAAGACAAACACUACCCAUUUUUUGUUUCAUUAUAUACUUGAAAUGAGUGUUUAUUUAUCCAUGUCUAGUGAGUUGCUGUAAAUUGUAUGUUGAGCAGAGGCUUUGAUCAUUUGUUUCUGAGUAGUCUGGGAUUAAGUUUCAUUGCUUAUCUCUCACAAAGGGUUCACCCAUUCAAUUCUGAAGAGUCACAGAUUUGGCGUGAAUGGUAGGUUAAACAGAAGUUUUGUUCAUGUCUCUGUUCAGUCUCAGUUUCACUGUUCAUGGUUAGAUAUGCAAAGGCUUCACAUAUUUGUUUCUGGUGAGUCUCAGUUUCACUGUCAAAAGGAAGUUAAGCAGAGCGUCUUUCAUAUAUUUCUGAUGAGUCUUAGUUCAACUGCUAGUUAUUAUUAAGGCAAGGUCUUUGUUUAUUUGCUUAUGUUGAGUCUUAGUUUGACUGUUUAUAGUAAGUGACACAGAAGCUUUAUCUGUUAAUGACAAGUCUCAGCUUCAUUGUGAGUACCAGGUUCACAUAGGAAUCAAUUAUCAAUUUCAGAUGAAUCUCAGUUUCACCAAAAAUAGUAAAUUACUGAGAGGCCUUGUUCAUCUGCUCCUCAUGGGUCCAAGUUUCACUGUCUUUACUUCCUUACCACGAGGUUUGUCCAUCUUGUUCUAGUGAAUUGUUGUUUCAUUUGUUUUAUAAAUUGUAAGUUAAAUUAGGGUUUGUUCAUGUUUCUGGUUAGUCUCGGUUUCACCUUGAGAAGAUAGAUUUGCUGAGGCUACAUGUUUUUUCGACUGGGUCUGUUUCACUCUACAUGAAAGUUUAACAGGAGCAUCAUAUGAUUCUGGCAAGUCUUAGUUUCAUCGUUAGUGGUUAGGUAUGCAGAAUCUACAUUUAUGUGUCUGUGGCCAGUUUCAGCUUCCUCUGAAGUUACACAGAAGCUUUAUUCAUGCUUUUGGCAAGUCUCAGUUUUAUUGUAAAAAGCAAGCUGAACAGGGGCUUCACUCAUGCUACUGGUAAGUUUGUUGUGCUGAGUCUCAGUUUCACUGUAAGUGGUGGGCUACACAGUUGCUUCACUCUGGUCCACUUCAGGGUUGUGAAAAAGACACAGUCCUGGAACUUAACCAAAGUAUUGAUUUUUUUUUUCACCUUAGUGUUAUUAAAGUAAAUUUAUAACAUAACUUUUAACAUCUUGCACCAGGGUUCCCCUCUGAGAAAUCCAGCUUCCUUAAGGCUGGGAAAAACUGUGUAAAUGAGCUUAGUAAAAUCAGGAAGUUUUGGUUAAACCAUCAUUACCAGAGCACAGGAUCUGAUGUAAACUCACUGAACCAACUGUAUGUUUGUAGCCUUCUCAAAUUCUACAUGUUGACAUUAGAGCAAUUAGUGGAGUAAAAAUAUGACAUUAUUUUUUCCUGCUCUGGCUGCUCAACAUCCUGUAACAGUGAUAAAGUUUAUCAGACAAGAUAAGGACCAAGCCUGUUCAUGUCCAAGACAAACAUUUCUGAAGAGCUCAGCAAUAAAUCUACUAAAUCAACAUGGUCCAGACGUUCAGCCUUUUUACUCUUUGUGGUUAUUUUCAGAAAGGGGAAACUCCGGCUCAGGAAGAGGUCGACAUUUCAAACAUCUGAGAGUGGCUGCAGUUUUUUAUUUACACCCCCCUCUCUGAGAGUUGAUGUGGAGAUACAGUUUAUAUUCUGGAGCUGAAACCAUGAUGGACCAGCUGUGUUUCCUGUGCUCAGCAGAACCGCAGUUAGGAUAAGAUCUUUACAAGUCUCAGUCACACACAUCCCAAAAAAUCAAACACACACCUCCUCCGGGAGACAUGGGGACAGAAAGUCAGGGUUAUGAGAGGACCACGGACGGCUGAGGACAUCACUGCAGCCCAACCAACCAGACAGUCUGAGUCUGCAGCUAUAAUCCAUACUGUGUAUGUCUGUGUGUUUGUUGUGUAGCUGCUCUCUAUAAACAAAGGGUCUGAGUCAGUGAAGUCUACAGCCUCAUGCCACUUAGCUCACAGGAUGUACGGCCAGUGGACUGAAACACGUGCGUGCGUGUGCAUGCGUGUGCGUGCGUGUGCGUGCGCGCAUGUGCGUGCGUGCGUGUGUGUGUGCAUCAAUGUGCAUUAUGACUCAUUGCUGUCCUGCUGUGUGUGAGAGUGCAUAUGUGUGUGUUUGGCAGCAACUGUUAGACACACACACUGAGUCUCUGUUUGUGGCCCUCAGGCUACGUGUAUGUCUGGGAGUGUGUGUUACAUACAUGCUCAGUAGUGUAAAACAGGUCACUUAACACAAAGAAAAUCUCACGUUAAAAACUCUGAAAAGGCUGCAGAAUGAAAUGAGUUUUCUGCCCAGUUCAGUCAGGACCACUCCCUCAAAGAAAAGGAAUGAUCUGCAUGCAGUAAGUAACAUUUGGUGGUAUUGAUCCCCCUUCUGUUUCAUGUGCAUGGAUGAAAAGCAAGGACAGGGAGAGAAGCAGCAAAGACACCCAUUAAACAAAGGUAAACAAGAAUAUGAUCAGACUCAGAAUAAAAAGAAAAGCUGCAUGAAACUGCACUGGAGAUCACUUUUUACAUUUGCAUACUUAAAUUGACAUCAAUCACACCUGCAGUAGGAGCACUGAUUCUUUUAAAUCAUGUAUUUUUAGACCUUGCUCAUUUAAUCCAUUUUUUGAGGUGUGAAUGAUCCUGUUAUAGCCUUCAAGUUGAAACAUGUUGAUCCAAAGAUAAAGAUGCUUAACACAUACAAUGAUAAAGACACACAGCCCUCACUGACUACUGUGCAGAAACUACUCUAAAACAUUGUGAUGGCUGCUGCUUGUAUGAUGUUCUGGUAACCACACUAACUUGUAUGUGCUUCUUCCAAUGAGCUGGUUGGCUGUAUCAGCUCAGGUGUGGAAUGCUCCACACCAGAUAUAUAAUCUGUUUCUGGUGGUGUCACCCUCUUUUUUUGGCUCUCUCACUGGCUCCCUCACGUUCCCCAAGCCUGACCAGCUUCACACCACUGCCUUAGUUAGAUUUUGUGUUAGUGCACUCUUCAACACCCAACAUUACACCAUGCUCACACAUCCACAUUCACACUACUAAUUUUACAGACUCUGCACACUCAAGCUUUCUUAUUGUUUUGUUUAUUUAUUCAUCUUAUUUUAUAUUAAAUAUCGUAUUUACUUUUGGAUCCGUUGAGUUCUACCGAGAAAAUAAUGGAUACUUCCUCUUUGCAUCACCCAGAAAACUCAUACAUUAAGCAGUGGUACACAUCUGUGAGUCUUUGUAUAUAUUUACUAAUUGUAUUGCUAUACUGACAGCUCCAUACUGUGGUCCAGUUAACUGUCAGUUGCUCUGUAGACAUGAAUGCAUUAGCUACAGCUAAAGUAAUAGUUUAGCAUUAUUCCCUGUUGUUACUCUAUUUCAUUUUCUCAUCUAAACCCUCAGUUAAGUUUCUCACUGAGUUUUGGUUAAGGUGACUCGGGCAUUGCUGUACAUGUCAAUAUGAAACUAUUCUAUUCUACAGGCCUGAAGAACUUCUGUUGCCAUAGUUGCAGCAUUAAUAAUUUGAGGAUUAAUGGAUUUAGGUUUGUGAAUGCAGUUGGAGUUUUGCCAUUAAGGCAGUUCUUUUGGCUUUUUGCAGCAUUGUUUUUAUUCACAGCACUUUUCAAUUAUUGCAUUUUCUACAAACUUUUGCAUGUUUUUAUGAAGUUGCACUGUUGCAUUCGUAUUUGCAGAACUUUUCUCCUGCUGAAGUCACCAUAACUUAAUCCAGUCAGAGUUGAAUUCUUCCACAGUAACCCUGUCUGUGAAGUCUGGUCCCCCAAAACACUGAGUGCAUUCAGUUUCCUGCAUUUACCAAUGGUAGGGAAGUCUCUGCCACUGCACAACAGUAGUAGCUAUGGAGAAAUUAGACUAUAAACUACCUAUGUGCCUUAAAACAGUGACACAAACAAUUAACACUCUUUUUUAGUUUAGCUGCACGUCCUAAAGAGCAUGACUGCCGACCGUACUGAUGCAACAUUGUUAUUUCCUCUCUACCUCCUUUAAACUGUUACAACAAUAAUGAACAUUAUAACAUGAAAUCAGGUCAUUACCUCCCUCUCUUUCUCUCUUUGUCUCUCGCUUUGCCUUUUACCUUCAUAAAUUAGUCCUAUAAAACAGCUAAUUAAAAGCCACACUAAUUCAAACACUGUGGAUUUUCAUUUUUAUCUGUGAUGAUCAGUUCUCUGCAUCAGAAACAAUUAAAGAAACCGGAUGGGCUGAGUUCGCUUUUGUUCUCUUGUCAGUUUAAUUAGAGGGAUGAAAAGUAUAAAAAUGAGGAUGUGAAUAACAUUCAGCUCAGAACAACGGCAGUCUUUAAGGAAGGCUUCAAAUAAAUCUGAAUCAAUAUUGUGCAGUGGAAACCGCCUUGGUAGGCUGGAUAUGAAACAUGUUCAUCACUGCAGACUGUGAGUGGACCUGGGCUGUACUAAACCAACACUAAACCUUAUUUCUCCCAUAUGAUCACUUCAGCUGGACCCUGUUAAAACCAUGAAUAACUGCACUGUUAUUACCAGAGCCUGUUGCACUUGUUCAGUGAUAUUUCAACCAUAAAUCAUGCAGCUAUAAACUGUAUAAACCAAAACAUUGACUAAGGCCAUUAUUUCUUAUUUCUUAUCUCCAAUACAGUGGAACCAGGCUUUUUUUUAUGAAUUUAGCUAGACUGAUACCUUGGUGAAUUUGCUAUAGAUCUAAUGGUCAUUAAAUCGCAGCAUUUGGGUUUUUUUUGUAUAAAGUUUUUUCCAAGCUAUGAAAGACCAGAUUACUGACCGGGAACUCUGUGUGCUAAGAAAGAUAUUUGGUAUUUUCAACCGCUUUUUAAAAACACUGGGUGCAAUUGUAACCAUGACUAGUGCAGCAUCAAGCCUGUGUGUCUUUGUCAAAGUCAUACCUUGAAGUCAAGAGUGAAGACUGCAUUUCUUACAUUUACAGUGAAACUGAGAGUCAUAACAAACUCUGCUCAGCUUAUUUCUAACAAUGAAACAGAGAACCACCACAAACAGAUGAAUAAAAUCCCAUGUAACUUUCCAUCUAUGGUCAAACUGAGACUCAUCAGAAAAAGACAAAAAGUCUUUACUUAGCCUACUGUUAUCAAUGAAACUGAAAAAGUAGGAAGAAAGCGUCUGCGCAGCCCACAACUGACAUUGACACUGAAAGCCACCAGAAGUCCAUGAACAAUUCCUCCGAUUAGCCUAUUUACAACAAUAGGCUAAGGCCCAUAAACAAAGAGACAAAGCCUCAGCUGAGCUUACUAUUGACAAUGAAACUGAGAUUUACCAGAAAUGGAUGAAUGGCACUCUGCUUUGCUAACAGUUUACAACGACGCAGAGACCCACCAGAAAGCAUCAAAUGAGGCCCCUGUGUAGGCUAACUAUUUAAUGUGAUACUUAGACUCACCAGAAACAGAAGAAUGAGGCUCUUCUGGGGGAUGCAAUGAACCAAGAAAUGAAAAUGUUGUUUUGACAUGGCCUUCUGUGCACAAAGGGGUGAUAUGACUAGCCUGGUAAUUACACUGCCAACUAGUGUUUUGGUUACAUUUUGCAGAGUGGCACAGACACUGUAAUGCACAAAAAUGUAGUGUUUAACACCAAACAGUUUACUUUAAAAUGGACACUGCAUGUAAAAGAUUAUGUUGUCGCUGAUACUGGCUCACUGAACAUCCUAUACUAAGUGAACAUUCAAACACAGGAUCCAGUUAGACGGUUUAUUUCGCUUGUCUUCAGUGGAUGAUUUUUUAUCAUAGAUACAUCCACUUCAGGGCUUGAAAUCAUCAUUACAUUUGCGUUUAGUUUGACAGGAAUAUUCAGACUCCCUUUGUUCUGUGCUGAUCUUGGUCAGGGUGCAAAAGGAAGAGCAGGCCUGAGGGCUGGCUUUUAUGAUGUUGGGGGUGUGGCUUGGCCUUGGGUGUCAGGGGAGUCAGAUGGUGAGGUGAGAAUUUGGGAUUUAACACUGCAAGUGUAACUGACCAAGACGCCAUGAGAUAUAAAGCUUCCUCUGCUGACUAUCUGCAGCAUACGCCAUAUAAUCCCCAGCUCCCCAAGUUAACAACAAAAACAGAGGCCAAACUAUAAAAUCAAAAUACAUUUUGAAUAAUUGUAGUACUUAGUUUUCAUCAUGCUGAUUUUACCCUGAGUUUAUUUUGAGAUAUCAUGAUUGACAGCUCCAUAAACAAAUACGGCUACUGAGGCACUGGGACUAUUGUGGUGAGACGUCGCCACUUCCUGUUUUAUUUUGUUUUAACUCCCUGUUUUCUUUGCUACCCUGGUCCGGCUUAACUGAUUUCAGAGCACGCUCCCUGUCCCCGGUCGCUGACUGAGCGAGACUCCACACCUGCGCUGCGUCUACAAUCUCCCUCUACACCAACGACCUCCGAUCAGCCUCUGGCUGUGUCUCAUUUCAGAGACCGCAUCGACCUAAGUGCCCUUCUGCACCGUCGAACGGUGCAUUUGAAGUGUGCAUGACGUCACGACGGUGCGAACGGUGUCCCGUUUGGCACGAGAUGCUAAAAAAUGCUAAGCGCGCUUAGCAUGUUUUCAAGCGUGCAUUUAUCCACGCUUUCGUGCCGUCGGUAUCCCAGAAUCCUUUGCGUGCCGCUGCACAGCUGCGCAUUUCAGGUGAGAGGCUGGACUCGCUUGGAGACGUAGCGCGUCUUCAAAGAAAUUACAAGCAAUCCAAAAACAGCAGACAGUCAGCUCAGGCUGUAUGAGAGCAUGAUCUCUGAACUCACUAAAAUCUGUUAACCAAACAUUAUAGAUUUAGAGACGAACCGAUCCGCUCUGCUUCAACAAUCAAAAACAUUAGAAAUAAGAAAGCUGACAAAACUACAGCAGAGUAUCAGGACAACAUUGAGGUUUUUUUCUUUUAAGAUUUAGAGAUUAAAGUUGUAAAUUUAGGAGAAUAAAGUCAUAAAGUAAAUAAAGUCAUAAAGCUGCUUUUGUGGAGGGGGAAAUGACUGAAGCUGGUCAUCUGCAGGGUUAUCUGUGGAUGUAUCAGCGGGUCAUUCAGAGAGAUUUUGUGGUUUCUGAAGAAACAAUCAAACUGAUGAUAAUCAACAUUUGUGAUCCAGAGGGAGUCGAGCUCCGACGAGCACCACGUCUCUGACACCGGCCGUAGCCUACACCUGCAGAGACACCAACACCUUAUUACGGCAUAUGGAUUCAUAUCAUAAAUUAAAGCUCAAUGUCAUUCACGGAUAUUUACGGCUGCAUUGACAGAUAUAUCCUCAGCAUAUUCAUUUCUGCCUCCACAAAAGCAGCGAUUUCCUUCAAGUACACCAGUUUUUUUCCCCGUGGAAAAGACGUAUUUCUCAUAUAUUCUUUUUUUAAAGUCUUUAUACUUAUGACAAUGUGAUGCUGAUGUGCCAGAGGAUGAAGAAUCUCCUAUCCUCCUUCUCAAUAGGGCCCUCAUACUCCUUCAUACAAAACAAUCAUUGGAUUAAUUUUGUGGGAAUGAUCUGGGCUUGUAUGUAUCUACUAUUUUGUGUCUGUGUAAGGUCGCACAAUUAAAACAAUACAUGCUGCGCUCCGCAGCUUUUUUUCUAAUCAGUCGUGACGUAAGCCUGAGGGCGGGGACAUUUGGAGACCUUCGGAGGACUUCCUGGUGGAGUUGCCAAAUGUCCCCGCCCUCAGGCUCGCGUCACGACUGACUUAAAGGAAACCCGCGGAGCGCAGCAUUUAUUGUUUUAAUUGUGCGACCUUACACAGACACAAAAUAGUAGAUACAUACAAGCACAAUUCAUCCAAUGAUUGUUUUGUAAGAAGGAGUAUGAGGGCCAUAUUGAGAUUUAAGACUUUAAGGACUUCGAGAUUUAAGUCGUGAAUUUACGAGAAUAAAGUCAUUAAUUUAUGAGAAUGAAGUCAUAACCUGUUAUUUCAGAGAGACUUGUUAAAAUUAGGGCCAUGAAGCAUUUGAAGGAACUGUGCUUCAGUAUAGGUUUCACAAACAAGGAGAUUCUUCAUCCUUUGGCACAUCAGCAUAACAUUGUCAUAAGUAUGAAGACUUUAAAAAGAAUAUAUGAGAAAUACGUCUUUUCCACAGGGAAAAAAUUGGUGUACUUGAAGGAAAUCGCUGCUUUUGUGGAGGCAGAAAUGAAUAUGCUGAGGAUAUAUCUGUCAAUGCAGCCGUAAAUAUCCGUGAAUGACAUUGAGCUUUAGUUUAUGAUAUGAAUCCAUAUGCAGUAAUAAGGUGUUGGUGUCUCUGCAGGUGUAGGCUACUGCCGGUGUCAGAGACGUGGUGCUCGUCGGAGCUCGACUCCCUCUGGAUCACAAAUGUUGAUUAUCAUCAGUUUGAUUGUUUCUUCAGAAACCACAAAAUCUCUCUGAAUGACCCGCUGAUACAUCCACAGAUAACCCUGCAGAUGACCAGCUUCAGUCAUUUCCCCCUCCGCAAAAGCAGCUUUAUGACUUUAUUUACUUUAUGACUUUAUUCUCCUAAAUUUACAACUUUAAUCUCUAAAUCUUAAAAGAAAAAAAAACCUCAAUGUUGUCCUGAUACUCUGCUGUAGUUUUGUCAGCUUUCUCAUUUCUAAUGUUUUUGAUAGUUGUAACACAGCGGAUCAGUUCGUCUCUAAAUCUAUAAUGUUUGGUUUACAGAUUUUAGUGAGUUCAGAGAUCAUGCUCUCAUACAGCCUGAGCUGACUGUCUGAUGGUUUUGGAUUGCUUGUAUUUUCUUCGAAGACGCGCUGUGUCUCCAAGCGAGUCCAGCCUCUCACCUGAAAUGCACAGCUGUGCAGCGGCACGCAAAGAAUUCUGGGAUACCGACGGCACGAAAGCGUGCAUACAUGCACGCUUGAAAACGAGGCGGGGGUAGUGUGAUUUUGAGACCGAAUUUGAAGCGCGCUUAGUAUUUUGUGCCAAACGGGACACCGUUCGUGCCGCAUGGUGACCUCACGUACGCGUCAGAUGCGCCGUUCGAUGGCUGCUGUAUUUGAAAUGGGACACAGGAAGGGCACAGAACGGCGCAAAACGGCGUAAAACGGCUCAAAACGGCAGUGCACUCAGCUAAGCGCCGUUAAGCGCGCUUAUCACGAUGCGGUCUCUGAAAUGAGACACAGCCUCUACUUCAGUCAAGCUGCUGAAAUACGCGGACAACACCACCAUCGUGGGGCUGAUUACCAAAAACAUGGAGGACGACUACAGGUCAGAGAUCGACAGAAUGGUCAACAUGUGCAAAGACCACAAUCUCAUCCUCAAUGAAAGCAAGACAGUUGAACUCAUCAUUGACUCCCGGACAAACACCUCCAUCAAGACACCCAUCAUCAUUAACGACCAAUCCAUUUCUGCUACAGACUCAUUUAAAUUCCUAGGUACACACAUCAACAACAAGCUGAACGGGAUCAUCACACCACUCACCUUCUCAAAACAGCAAAUCAACGACUAUUCCACCUCAGACAACUCAGGAAAUACAGAGUCAGGAAAAAUGUACUGGUACAAUUCUACACCGCCAUAA